AUGGCAUCUCCAAUCAAUCAUGGCGUCGUCAAACUUGCAGUUGGAGAAGCAAAACUCAGCACAAUUCCGAUCCCCAAAAUUCGUGAUGGUUAUCUCCUAGUAAAGACCGCCGCUGUGGCACUCAAUCCUACAGAUUGGCAGACAGUCGAUGAGGAAAACCCACCAUCAACACCGCCUUUACUUCUAGGCUGCGAUGCAGCUGGUGUAGUGGUAGAAGUAGGUAAAGGUAUUAACAAGCCUUGGAAAAAGGGCGACCGAAUUGCCUGUAUUGCUCAUGGCGGUAAUGAGGUUGAGCCUACGGAUGGAUCGUUUGCCGAAUAUAUUCUCAUGAAAGGCGAUAUAGGUAUUCAUUUACCUGACCAUGUUUCGUUUGAACAAGGAGCUGCCAUUGCUUCGGGUAUAAAUACUGCGGCUUUGAGCAUGUACUCACCGAAGACACUUGGUUUUCAAGUUCCUACUUUUCCUAUCCAACAAAGCAGUGGAGAGGAGAAAUUUGUUCUUAUCUAUGGUGGAAGUUCGGCUUCAGGAACAAUUGCUAUCCAGUUCGCCAAGUUGUCCGGAUUUACGGUUAUAACGACUGCAUCCCGGCGAAAUUUCGAUAUGCUGAAGGGCUUCGGGGCUGACCAUGUUUUUGACUAUCGAGAUCCAAACUGCGGCAAGGUCAUCCGCGAAUUGACAAAAAACAAACUCCGGCAUGUCCUUGACACAAUCGCUGUUCCCGAAUCCGCUCAAAUAUGCGCCGAUGCAUUAUCAUCUUCCAGCGAUGCCGGUCCACUUUUAUACGUCAACCUUCUCGGGAUCCAAAAUCCUCGAUCAGACGUGGAGUCCAGGUUUAUGUUAGGCUACACUGCUAGUGGAGAGCGUUUCGUUAUUGAAGGUCAAGAAUGGCCCGCAAGUCCUGAAGAUUUUGACCUUGCUAAGACAUUUGUUGCGCUCUCUGAGAAGUUGUUGGAGGCAAAUCUGAUCAAAAAUCAUCCCAUCAAACUGAUGGAAGGUGGAUUGGGGGGCAUCUUGGAUGGAAUGCAGUAUUUGAAGGAUGGCAAGGUGAGUGGGGUUAAGGUUGUUUAUCAGGUUGGUGACGCGCUAUGA